UGUUUCGGGGAGAACUGCAUGGACGAACUCGCCUACUAAUCUCUCCGUGCCGAGCAACCAACACCAUCAAUUGCCAGGAAAUAGCAAGACACAAUGCUUCGCUACACCAUCGCCCUCGCCUCUUUGGCCUCUCUGCUCUGCUCAGUGUCGGCGUUUUCCUGCCCUGGGGUGACCGAGAACGGUUUCAAGCCGGUCUGCUGCAUGGGAAAGGAUGGCCAGGUUGCCCUCAACUGCAUCCCAGCACAUCAGAUGGGAGCCGAAAACCCAACUUGGGAAUGCAAUGCCGGCCCACCGUAUAGGUCCCAGGGCUGCUGUCAAAGCAUCGGCUACACCAAUCCCGAUACUGGUAUGAGCAUCCAUCUCUGCUCCGACUACAUCGGUCCCUGAGAAAUUUGCACAAAGCCUGGGAGGGGAUGGAAUUGGUGGAAUUUUUCUACUUCCAUUUUGCUGCUAUUCUUUUUUUCAACUUUCGGCCACUGCCCACAAGGCCGCCUGCCUUGCACAGCUGAAAAGUUUCUUCACCCCCCCCCCCUUGGUAUCUGGCUACUCGGGGUUGAACCUCGGCCCUGUUUAUCUACUUGCUGCAUUAUAAAAAAAGAGCCAUCAAACCCCUUUCAGUAGUAAUUGCA